AACAAGUGUCACUGAGCGUGUUUGAGUAAGGGUAGAUGACAGGAAGGAGAGAGAGAGCGCGAUAGAGAGCGAGAGGGUGAUAGAGUGAGAGAAACAGAGAGAGAGAGAGAGAGACAGAGAGGAUGACAGAAAGAGAGAGAGAGAGGGAGUAGAGAAGCAGGAAAAGUAGAGUAAAAGUAAGGCAGACUUUUUUUCACAGACGCCUUGACUUCCAAAUUUCCAACAACCACACUAUGGACUCCUUGGUCAGACCAACAAUACGGCCAUGGACAACUCUCAGCCGACGCCAAAGAGCUUUUUUGCCUCCCAUUUUCCUCCAUGCUCUGCUGCUCUGGGUCUGCACAAGUGCAUGGCCAUAUGUUUCCAGGCUCCAGGAGGACAGGUGUCCGAGUGCCGAGUGGAAUGCGAUGUGUCGGUCGUGCUGCGAGUACCAGCAGAUCGGCUGCAGGUGCCCAGCUCAGGGCACCAAGGUGGGCUACGCAGUGCCCUGCUGCCCCAACGAACUGGGCGAGUGUGACCCCUGCAUCAUACACCAAGGCUGCAGUAUUUUUGAGAACUGUAAGGCGUGCAACAACGGCACAUGGAGAGCCCAGGAUGACUUCUACAUCAGAGAGCAGUACUGCUCCGAGUGUCGCCAAGGGUGGUCAGGUGGAGACUGCAUGACGUGUGGAGGUGUUAUGAGGAGGGCCCAAGGUCACUUCACUCUGGAGAGUUACCCCAUAAACGCCAGAUGUGAUUGGAUCAUCCAUGUAAACAGAGGAGUCGCCAUGGAGCUCAGGUUUACAAUGCUCAGCCUGGAGUUCGAUCACAGCUGCCGCUACGACUUUGUGGAGGUGAGAGACGGCGACAGCGCGGACUCGCCCGUGAUUGGUCGAUAUUGCGGCAGCGAGAGGCCUCCACCAAUCAGGAGCUCUGGAGACUCCUUGCACGUCCGAUUCGUGUCUGAUGGAUAUAACAACUUUGAUGGCUUCUUCGCGACAUUCCAGGAGGUCACUGCGUGCUCCUCCUCCCCCUGUCAGCACGGGGGCACCUGCUUCCUCGACCCCCUGCAGGCCUUCCGCUGCGCCUGCCCAGCCGACCAUACGGGCCCACGCUGCCAAACCCCUGUGCUUCUGAAGAGAGCCUGUGGCGCCCCUCCAAGGCCCUUGGACGGCGAGAUCGCGCUGCUGCUGCGCGGACCAUCUGGAAAUGUGCUCAGCGUGGCGCAGUACUCGUGCCACAAAUCUUACAGGCUGCAGGGCACGCCGCAGAGGACCUGCCUGGCCAACGGGACGUGGAGUGGGGUCGCACCCACCUGUGUCAAAGCGCGUGCCGCCGCGGACUCCAAGCAGAGUAACUGCCCUGAGUUACCCAAGCUCCAGCACGGCUAUCAGAAGGUGGUGCCCCAGGAGGGACCUCACACCGUGGAGUUCCACUGCAGGAACUCGCACGCGCUCAGUGGAAACAAGCGCCGGACCUGUCUGCCUGACGGAACGUGGAGUGGCAAGCAGCCACAAUGUGUGAAAGCUUGUCGUGAGCCAAAGGUGUCCAAGCUUGUCAAACAAUCGAUUCUGCCUCCGCAUGUAGCGCUGAGCAGGAGGAACACCACGCUCCAUGGGCUGUACUCUCUGACCAACCUGCGGAUCCCCGGCACAGCCUCCCUAGAUCAGGAGCUGACGGCCCCUACGGACCCCCUGCCAGACGGCUUCCAGCCCCUCUACACCCAGAUAGAGUACCAGUGUGCCUCGCCCCUCUACCAGCACUUUGGCAGCGCCCGCCGCACCUGCCUGAAGACGGGCAAGUGGAGCGGGCAGCACGUCUCCUGCUCUCCAGUGUGUGGCGCAGCGAGACCGCUCCGUCCCCAGGCGCUGGCAGACACACGGUGGCCUUGGCAAGUCGCCAUCUACCGUUACACCCCUCCCCAGCACCCCCGCUAUCACCACCGCCAUGGAGCUCCCAGUGAGGAGGAGAAAGGAGGAGGAGGAGGAGGAGGAGGACGCUGGGAGCUGGCGUGCAGCGGGGCGCUGGUGAACCAGUACAGUGUGGUGGUGGCGGCGCACUGCGUGGUCCAUGCCGACUCCGAGGCUGGUACUGCAGGGCGAGGUACCAGUGCUGCCCGUCACGUGCGCGCCGCGGAUGUGAAAGUCGUGAUGGGCAAGGACCAGUUAAGAGGGGAGAUAGACGUGCAGACGUCUGACCUGCUGCGGGUCGCUGCCAUCUUGGUUCAUCCAGACUACAAGUCCACUGGGCCCGACUCGGACCUGGCGGUUCUGAAGCUCCUGGACAAGGCUCGUAUCAGCCAGCGCGUGGCGCCCGUGUGUCUGCCGCGCCUGCAGGGCGGGGAGGUGACGGCCCAGCAGGGGUAUGCCUUGGACUGGUCCCUGCCCCAAGACGGUGCACCGCAGGUGGGGCUGGCCUCGGCUCGCACCGGCCUAAUCGAGCUGAGUGACGUGCUGCAAUGUGAGAGGCAGCACCGUCGCGACGGCGUGGCCGAUAAUGUCACAGACAACAUGCUGUGCGGUCGCCAGCAUCCCCUGAGUCCCUGGCCGCUGUGCCAGACCUACUCGGGAGGUGGGGUGGUCGUGGCCCAGUCGUCUCCUUCUCCUCGGCGGUCCUCGUCCUCGUCGCCCCCAUCGGGCCGUAGCAAACAGGACGAAGGCGAUGGCAAAGUCUCCUGGGAGCUGGUGGGUCUGGUGAACUUUGGCUACGGUCAAGGAAAGUGUAGUCCGGGCCUUUACAUGACCUACACACGGGUCAACAACUUCAAAGACUGGCUGGAGAAGAACAUGAAGUAGAGGAAAAGGUCUUCUGUUGAACUGUCGGCCGGCAGUGAACUAUUCUGCACUGGGCUGGAACUUCCGGACUCUCAGGGGUUUUGAGAUACUGGCGUUUGUAUUUCAAGGGACACCGUGUGAGAUUUUUAGUUGUUUAUUUCCAGAAUUCAUGCUGCCCAUUCACUAAUGUUAUUACCCUUUUUAUGAAUACUUACCACCACCAUCAAAGUAUUCAUUAUGAUUUGAAAAAUUGCACUUUUCAUACAUGAAAAGGGGGAUCUUCUCCAUGGUCCGCCAUUUUGAAUUUCCAAAAAUAGCCAUUUUUAGCUGCAAAAAUGACUCUACUUGGACCAUACUAGAAAUUAUUUCUUUAUUACUUAGUAAACUUUCAUCUAAAUAUCAAAUUUGGUGAUAGCCAACCCAGUUUCAAUGAGCAGCAUAGUUCCAGUACCUUUUUUGACCAUUUCCUGCACAGUGUCCCUUUAAGUGCAGUGUUUCAAGCAGCACAUAUGGCUGCCCCCAGGGGUGGUUCAUCUAGAAUAGAAUUGGCAGGGGGGCAGACGUGGGGUUCAUGUGUUUUUAGGGCAAAAUACUAUAUACAUUUCAUUUUAUAUUUAGCUUCUCAUUUAUUGUCAUUACAAAUCAUGAAUUAAAUCAUUAGUACAGUACAGUAUAGGAACCAUAUCAAAGCAGGUGUACUUCUGCAGGGGCCCUGGCCUGGGCCACACGGCACCUCCACCCGCCCUUCCAGAACUCCCUACUGCACAGUAUGCUGCUCCCCAUCCAAGUACCAACCCUGGGUUCAGCAAGUAAAUACCUCAUUACAAAAUACAAAUAUGUUAGGUUUUUACUUUCUGAAGCCACAAUUGUAACUUCUGGAACUUCUAGUCUAAAACCCCUACCCAGCUCAAGAUUGAGAUGUUUAUUUAUAAUGUUUCAGCACCUACAAAGCACUACAUUUUGUUGUACGAUAAAUC